UGUCAGUCCAAAUUUAUCAACAGGCACACGGGCGUCGACCGCAUCGUCAUUCUUUUGUUACAUACACACUCCUUUGCUUCUUUCCUUCACUAUACACUUCUCGCCUGCCGGAUCCUUUACAGCCGUCUUGCUUGCCGGACCACACACAUCACACUGUUUCUUCUGGCUUGGCCCCAAAGAUCGGCACCAUCAAUCUGAUCUUGCAGCUGCCUUGUUAUUGUCCCUCGAAACCGCCUGGUUGACCAAGUCGGCGAAUUUUACCAACGCAGUACAAGGUCAAUAUUUCCAAUGCUCGUGGCCAGGCAAUACGCAUCAGAUCAGGAUCGCUGGUCCAGCAAGUUUGAUCCUUUGUCCGGCAAAUCGAACUACUCACGCAUGUCGAACUACAACGGCUCUCCGUCGUUGCAGUCCAGCUGGAGCGGUCACAUCUCGACUGUCACCAACACUGAGAACGAUCUCUACGGUCCGACUGGCGAGCCAGCCACCAGAGGAAGUAUUCACGAUGUCACGACUUCACGAAUGCAAAAUGCCAACCAAUUCGGCGCUUUGCCCCAAAUUACGAUUGCAGAGCCUACACGCUCCGUCGGUACAGCCGCGGAAGCGCAAGGAAUUACUGCACUAGGCGUGUCGCAGCCGCGAGCUGACAUGCAAGACUUAAGACGACCAGAGCGGGACAUGCAUGGCUUAACCGUCGACGUUCAGUCGUCAAACGAGAGCUCUGCGAGGCGCCAUCCGACCACCAUGCCGAGCACAUUUGCUCCACAUGGCACCCCCGGCACUCAUGCCCCUCCAAUGGCUUCGUCAUCGAGGAGAGACGACGAAAGUGAGAUGGCUCGUGCCAAGGAAGAUGGGGACGCUGGUGAGGAUGACGACGAUGAUAUGCUCGAUGUGGAGGGCGAAGUCUCUGGUCGACCGAUGACUGCAGCUGAGCGUACCGCAGCCCGGAGGAAGAUGAAGCGGUUCCGGUCAGUACACCGAACCUCUCUAUCUGCGUUCCUGCCGCUGGAUAUUGACAUUUACCAGGUUGACGCACCAGCAAACACGUUUCCUCAUGAGCGAGUUCGCAAAACAACCCCACCCUGAUGCUGCCCACCGAGAAAGACUUUCGCGCGAGAUCCCGGGCCUGAGCCCCCGACAAGUCCAAGUUUGGUUUCAGAAUAGGUAUGUUUCCACAU